CCUUCAAGCACUCACAACGAAACGCAUGCAGACCAGCUGUCAGCUGUUUGCUGUUUUGAUAUUUACUCUCCGCCAAUCCAAUCUCCGUGUGAUUCAUCAUUAGGAAAAACCAUCACAAAUAUUUAGAAGUCUCGAAGCUAAGGUCUAAACUCUCACAAAAUUGCAAAAUGUUCAACAAUCUGUUCGGAAAGAAGCCCACCGUAAAGGAGCAGCAACGGGAGAACGACCGAUCGCUGCGGAAAGCUACAAGGGACAUCGAACGAGAGCGCCGGAAAAUGGAGGAGGAGGAGCGUAAGUUGGAACUGGAAAUAAGACGCAAUGCCGCCGCUGGAAACAACGAUGCCUGCCGUAUCCUGGCCAAGCAGCUGGUGGAGAUAAGGAAGCAAAAGUCGCGCACCUAUGCAGCCUCCGGAAAGAUCCAGUCCAUUGGUUAUCAGAACAAGAACAUGGGCGCCAAUAUUGCCCUCAGCGAGGCCAUGGGUACCACUGCCAAGACGAUGGGUGAAAUGAACAAGGUGAUGCGACCGGAGGCUAUUGGGGAAACCGUACGCCAGUUCCAAGCGGCCAACAUGAAGAUGGAGAUGACCGACGAGAUGAUUAACGACACAUUGGACGACAUGCUGACCGAGUCCGGCGACGAAGAGGAAUCCAAUGCCGUGGUCAACAAGGUUCUCGACGAGAUUGGCAUCGAGAUUUCCGGAAAGAUGUCCAGCAUCCCGGCCACGGGAACCUCAGACUUCGAGACGAGUGGCAAGCGUACGGAGAAGGACAUUGCCGAUCAGCUAGCCAAGCUGCGCUCUUCUUAGUCCAUAGACUUUUGCUAUUCUUUUUGUAAUUACUGUGAACACCGCUGUUAUCCAUAGACCGUAAGGAAAUAUAUUUAUGUACACCGCUUA